GCGAGCUGCCUGCAGGGGGCGCGCCUGGGCUUCCUCGCUCGCGGCCAGGAACCGGAAGUGCGGAGAGCGUGCGGGCGCCGGGAGGCUGAGACGGGAGGAAUCAAAGCUUGACUCCCAUUCAAGGACAAGCAGACCUACAGUUGCUGGUGUGAGGAGAAAGUGGGAUUUGCUGUCCCGGGUCAGAAAAGCAAGCCAGGAAGCAAGGGCCCUGACCUUCAUCAGCGCUGAGGGAGAUGGCAGCCUCCCAUUCUGGGGAUAAAAAGAGGGUCCUUCCCUCCUGGAUGACAGCCCAGGGGCCCGAGGACAGAAUGCCCCCGAUGAAGACCCCGAAGAGGAGGAAGGCAGUAGUGCCGGCGGCUGCAGCCAGACUCCCCGCUGUGAAGACUGUGUACUGCAUGAGUGAAGCCGAGCUUGUCGACGUUGCCCUGGGGAUCCUGAUUGAGAGCCGGAAACGGGACAGGGCCUUGGAGCAGCGGCCCCCGGCAGGCACGGAUGUGUCAGAGCCGCCCCCCACCUGCUCGGAGGGGCCGCCCUCUCCCGAGAGGAGUGAAGGUGAGGACAGCGGGGAAGCAGCCCUCCCCCCAGGCCCGGGGCCGCCCCAGGAGCCCGCAGGCUCGGAGCCUGCCUGCGGCACCAGCCCCGAGGAAGAUGAGGACGCCUUCAAGUACGUCAGGGAGAUAUUCUUCAGCUGAGGGACAUGUUCCCGGGAUAACUCAUAACGGAAACUCUGCCCGAGGACUGCGCCCAGCUCCACGCCCUUGGGCUCAGAGCCAGAAGCACAUGACACUGGGCCUGGGGGAGUGAGGGAUCCAGACGAGAGGAAUUCUAGGACUUCUGUCUCCCCCAGCACAGGGGUCUGUCUGUGUGUUCAGUGACCAUGCUCCGGGGGAAAUGAGGUCGCAGUGUCAGACUGAUUGGCACCGAGGAAUCAGUUUAAUACCUUUCA